AUGAAAACCAGAUUCAACUCGAGUUCCAAGGAGAGGAAGACAUCUACUGCGUCAUCCGCAGCCCGGAAUCUUGCGAAAACUGAAGAGUCACCAGGUGACCCUGUGACGGACCCUGGCACGUCGCAGCAGAAGGAGGGCCCGCAAGAACGCAAGAAGCAGAAGAAGAAGGAGAAGAAGGCAGACUUCUCGUCCAGCUUGUUCGGAGCUGAUGAGAAAGACCUGAGCCUGUUCGGAGAUGCCAAAGACUUUACAGAGGAGCACAGCCCACUUCUGGAGGAGCAGAUUCCGGCUGCAUCGUCCGAAGCUCCUCUCCCACCUGGCUCGACCGAAAAGGAGAGUUCCGAGGGCUUCUCCAAGAACGACGCCGACGCAUCGCCAAUCGAAGUCAGCUUCUAUGCCGGCAGAGCCAAGUCCGCUUUGCAGGAUGCUUUGGCCGCAGAUGCCAACCUACCCUGGCGGCGGGGACGGCUUGUUCUACUGGGUCAGGGCCGAGCCGGAAAGUCCUCCACCGUUCGGUCCUUGGUGGGCAAACCGUUCGAUGACGCCCAGGCGUCAACGAUCGGAGUGGAGACUGCGAGUUGCGAGAUCCAGCGCGGCGACGCAGUGGGCUGGCUCAUGAAGGGCGCAACCUCAGAAACGGAGAGCCUGGUGAAGCAGCUGCUGGCCGAUGCGAAGGACGCAGCCAAAAAACAAGGCCCUGAAGCAGCUGACCCGGCUGGCCACAGCCCGAGCAGCUCGCCUGUGGCGGAAGUCGGCGCGGCCGACGAUCAGGGCUCUGGCGCCGCAGAGACGCCCGCUCCACAAGACAAUCUGCUCAACAAGUUGCCGGUGGAGGAGGUUGCGCAGAAGCUAGAUCAGGAGAUGGUAAUGUUCCGCAAGUCCGUGGGUCAGCCUGUGACGUUCUCGACCUGGGAUUUUGGUGGCCAGUCAGUUUUUCACAACUUGCAUCACUUGUUCCUCUCACGCUGCAGCGUCUACCUCGUGGUGUUCAAGAUGCCACACAUGUUGCGUUCCGACGAGUCCUGUGAGCGUGCGAUCGCGAUGUUGCGGUACUGGCUCAACUCCUUGGCGAUGCAUGCGCGUGGGGCACCGGUGUUGCUCGUCGGCACCCACAAGGAUGAUGUGCCACAGAGCAGCGACCAUAGGAAGAUCAGCAAGAUACUCUGGGAGAAGCUCGAGAACCGCUUGGUGGAUCAGGUGCAUCCGUUCACAAGAGAGGAGGACGAGGGUCUCUGGUACUUCCCGAUUGACAACACACGAAGUGGCCGCGGGGCAGAUCCGGUGGUGCAAGAGCUUCAGCAUGCCAUUGAGAGCGCUGCCCACGAAGAUACAGCGAACUACCUGGAGAAGCCCAUCCCCAUCAGGUGGCGGGGCGUUCUCGACGUUCUCUUAGCCAAGAAUGAGUCGAUCAUCACCAUGGAGGAGCUGAGAUCCGUCGCCAAGGCCGAGGCCCUGCCGGGCUGGCAGCUGCUUCCAAUGCUCGAGGUCUUCCACGAGCUGGGAGUCCUCUUUCAUUUCCAAUCUCCGAUGGAACUCCGGGACAUUGUCAUUCUUCAGCCGCAGUGGCUUGUGAGCGGCAUCUGCCAGGUCAUUUUCGACUGGACCCUGCAUGAGCAAGAGCACCAUAAGCAGAUCAAGCUCGAAAUGAAGUCUGCAUAUGACGCAUGGCGGUACAAGGGUGUCGUCUCAAGGCGGCUGCUGGAUCGGCUUUGGGAGCAUGGUUACGAGCAACCUACCCACAAGUCCUUCCUCCUCCGGUUUAUGGAGCAGGUGGCACUGGCGUGUGAGGUUGGGCCAGAUACUUUCUUGGUCCCAAGCCUGCUUCCACACGGAGACGCCACUGGAUCUAAGUCCGGCGUGGCACACAGGCAUUUCUGGCUUGACUUUGCUCCCUCCUUCCUCCCAGACAACCUCUUCAAGCGACUGAUCUGCUACGCGGUGCAGAAGUGCAGCAGCCAAAGCGAGCCUGUACUUCACGAGUCCUUUGCCCACAUGACCUUCGAGGGCCAUGACUUCGGGAUCGAAGCGCACCUAGACCACGAUCUCAUCAAGGUCGACAUCUUCUCAGCUGCAGAAGCCGGAGCUUGGCUGAUUCUCCACUCCGUCAUCAACCUUGUGGAGCAUCUGCGCUUGGACUUCAUGAAGGACUUGAAAUACGAAGUCUGGCUCUCUGGGAAUGAGAAGUCCACGAGGGCAAAGAAGGCGGAGGUAGAGCAAGCACGAGCGCGAGGACUUCCAAAAUUUCGGCCAAGGGGGACUACGAGACUCUUGCGGACCGAGGAGUUCGACCCCUUCUUUUCGGCCGACAUGUCUCAGCCACCCACCGUGCUGGUGGACUCGCAGUGGCGACAGCUGAAGAGUGCCUGGCCCUUCUUGGCGAGGCACGAGCACAAGUUUGGACCAAGCGAGCGCACAGCACUGUACAAGUAUCUGCGGGAUCCUGCGCAGUGGGGCAUUUCCUGGUCUGCACUUGAAAGCAUCGAGCAGGAUGCCAAAAACCAGUUUGGCAGCGACUACAUCUCAAAGAGCAUGUGGCAUGUGGUUCAGCAGAUCGUGAAGCCAAGCUGCGCCGAGCACGGGGCGCCCAUAGCAUUGGUCCGGAAUGGCUGGAACGUGUUGCCUGUGCAAGAUUUUAUCACUCAUUGCUGGAGGGAGCCUUUCCACGAGUUCAUGGACUCCUUGCGGCAUGCCUACGACGUCCGAGUCGUGAAGCCCCACCUCUUCAUUUGCGCAUUCUCGCUCUUCCAAGGAGUCCCGGAAGACAUCCAGGAAGCGCUGGGGCAAUCCAUCUCGCAGGCUCCGUUUGUGAAAGCCCUGGGAGCCGCUGAGCGCUAUGUGGUUGUCAGGAAUCGCAUGGAAGAUCUGUACACCCGUGCUUGGUGUCUUGUAGAGUACAUCUACGCCAAAAAAUUCGGCUUCUACAAAGACAAGGUUCUCGUUACAGGUCCGAACGAGUUUUCAGAGUCGAGAACCACUUGCACCCAAAUCAAAGCGAGUGACGAGGAAGACCGGCUCAAGAUCUUCAAGUUCAUUAUGGAUGAAGGGGGACCGGCGGUGAUUGACCCACAGAUCCACGAGUUCCGUGCAUUUGAUGCACGGUUUGGCGGGCUGAGGUCUCACCCAGUCUGA